AUGCGAAUCCUCGCGCUGGCGAGCAUACUGCCCCGCGCUGAGAACAUAAAGAGCAGUGCUACACCCUUUUUUCACUUGUGCCUUUCAGGUGAACGACAGCCACUGACCGACAAGAACAAAAGCGACCCGGGAAUCCUGGAUAAUAGCCUCGACCCUGUGUAUCAAUCCGAUGAAAUCCUCAAAGCAGCUGUUAUGAAAUAUGGGAAAAACCAGUGGGCCCGAAUCGCUUCACUUCUUCAUCGGAAAGCUGCAAAGCAGUGCAAGGCGAGAUGGUAUGAAUGGCUUGAUCCUAGUGUCAAAAAAACUGAAUGGAGUCGCGAGGAGGACGAAAAGUUGCUUCAUCUCGCAAAAUUAAUGCCUACCCAGUGGCGUACGAUUGCACCGAUUGUCGGAAGAACAGCUAACCAGUGCUUAGAGCGUUACGAAUAUCUCCUAGAUAAAGCCCAGAAUAGAGAAGGAUUAUCUGCAGAAGAAGAUCCCAAGCGGCUGCGUCCUGGUGAAAUUGAUCCAAAUCCAGAAACAAAGCCAGCCAGGCCUGAUCCUAUCGAUAUGGACGAAGACGAGUUGGAAAUGUUAUCGGAAGCUCGGGCCAGGCUUGCUAACACACAGGGUAAGAAGGCCAAAAGGAAGGCACGCGAACGUCAACUGGAAAUCGCGCGACGAAUGGCUAUGAUGCAAAAACGACGGGAGCUGCGUGCUGCUGGUCUGGGCUCUUUCCUUGGCUUGAUGCCCAAAACCAAACCGUUCAUGGAUUACAACAUAGAAAUCCCGUUUGAGAAGCAACCGCCGAAAGGGUUCUACGAUACGAGCCAAGAGAAGGUUGAUCCGAAGCUGUUAGACUUCCAGCGGUUGCGCCUCAGUGAUGUAGAGAAGGAAACUUUCAUGGAGAGGGAAAAGCGUGAACGGAAGAAGGAUGCAGAGCGUCAGGCAAAGCGACUACAGAGUGAUCUACCUGGUGUUCUGCGCGGUGGAGCGCUGGACGAGCCUGUUCUGAAACGGUCCAAAUUGGUUCUACCUGAACCGCAAGUUUCCGACUUGGAAUUGGAAAACCUUGUCAAGGUUGGACAAGCCGGGGAGAAUGCCGUCCGUAUGGCAAUGGAGGACUCUGGUUAUGACGCGGGCUCUGCCACUCAUCCUCUCCUCCCGGACUAUCCAAGUGCCGGCGGUUUUGCUACCCCAGCUAUGAUUGCAGCCCAGCGAACUCCCGUCGCAAUGGUUGAUUCGGUUACGCGAGAGGCCCAGAAUAUCCUGGCACUGCAACAAGUACAAACCCCGCUUGUAGGUGGAGACAACCCGGAAUUGAUUGGUCAUUCCGAUUUCACCGGAGUCACCCCCAGUCCAGCAAAUGUGUUGACUACCCCCAACACACUUCUCCACAGCCAAAUUGUUGGCCCUUCCCCAUUUCGCACCCCCGGGCAACCAGAUAGUGCUACUCCUAUGCUGAAUGGCACACCAGGUUUGGACGCCUUGGAUCGACGUACCGGAGCCAUGCAGCAGGCCACUCCAUUGAGAGAUCGGCUAAAUAUUAACACGGAUGGAUUAAACGACCCGAAUUCCUUUGGACUCGAUGCUCCUGCAGCUGGCAGCAAACUCGCAUCAAAAGCCAGUCUCCGAAAAAGCUUAGCAGACUUGCCUGCUCCGAAAAACAAUUACGAAAUUUUCGUACCAGAUGAAGCGGAAUCUGGUGCAAACGAAAGCAGUGGUGGUGUAGACCUAGAUGAGGAUACGGUCAGCUUGGACGCUGGUGGUACAGCCUCCCGUAUUGCUGAUCGAGCGGACUUGGAUCGAUUGCGCGAACUGGAACAGGCGGCAGCCGAGCAAGCUGCGUGGUCUAAACGCAGUCAAGUUGUUAGGCGCUCACUUCCACGUCCGGCCGAUAUUAAUCACACGGUACUCCGGAGCGUCCCAGCUUCGCAAACCCCACAACAGGAGGGAGCAAUCACUGAUUUACAGCGUGCUGAAGAGAUGAUCAAGCAAGAAAUGCUCACCAUGAUGCACUAUGACAAUAUGUUAAAUCCUCCUCCGAAUCUUUUGACCGAGGCUGCCAAACAGGCGACGUCUGCUGAGGGAGCCAAAUCAUCUUCACAACAGAAGCGCUACUUACAGCAGAUCAAAUCUGGUCACGAAGCCUACUUACGGGCUAACCCCUAUGAAGAAUUCGAUGAGGAGGAUUUGAAGGCGGCGGAGCAGCUGCUCACCAGCGAAAUGGCAGUUGUUCGAACCGGGAUGAAUCAUGGCGAGUUAUCCGCCGAAGCUUACGCCAAAGUGUGGCACGAGUGUCUCUCACAAGUUCUCUAUCUUCCUGCGCAUCGACGAUACACCCGGGCGAACCUGGUUUCCAAACGAGAUCGGAUCGAAUCUCACGAGAAGCGGCUUGAUCAACUGCGUCAACUUAUGGCGGACGAAGCGAAACGGGCUGCGAAGUUGGAAAAGAAAUUACGUAUCCUGCUCGGAGGUUAUCAGUCACGUGCCCAAACACUGAUGAAAGCAAUACAAGAGAGCGUGGAUCAGAUAGAACAGAGUCAGAUGGAGCUGGUGACCUAUGAACGCCUUCACGAACAGGAGCGUGGCGCUAUUGUUCGCCGAUCCGAGAUCCUGGAGUCUGAUGUCGACCGUCAGCAGAAACGUGGGGUUGAACUUCAGCGUGAAUACGCUCGACUGGUUCGGAUGCGUGAGGACCGUGAGGCGGACUUGUUCCUUGCACAAAACGCAGAUCUAACUUCCUUGCCCGACAGUGAAACCACAAGGCAGGACCCAUCCCCUGUCGAGGCUAUACACGUAAAGGAAACUUCCAACGACUCAGGCUUGGAUGAAAACGGAGCCUAUCAGGAAGGUUACGACUCUCCGCCUAAUGAUGGACCGGACCAUUCAGAUGCGGUCAGCGAUCAGUCGCCGCACCAGGCCGAAGUUUCCG